CAUUAAUAUCAAGAAUUCCAUUUGAAUGGACGUCAAGUUUGGUAAAGUUGUGUCUCUCGCUGCACUGCUUGUGUAUGCAAACUCUGUUCAUUGCUUCAAGUGCUAUCGAUGCUCGAGCACCAGCAGUUUCGAAGACUGCGCUCAGGCCAUCAGAACAGUGAACUGUGAAGAGCUGCAAGAGUUAAGCGUACCGGGUUCGGGAACGUCGACCAGCAGUUUGCAGAAUGUGACGUUCGCCUGCACCAGCGUAAGCCUCGCAGGAACGAUUGGCAAGCGAUACAUCAAAACAUGCAUUCCCAGCUUGCCAGAGGCUCAGUUCUGUGAGUUGUUGAAAAACCAAACGCAACUAUUGACCGGACUGGUGGUACAGGAGUGUAACGUGUGCUAUCGGGAGUUGUGUAACGGGUCCGACCAGCUGAAUCACGUAACCAAGCUGCUGGUCUCAAGUGUAGCGUUAUCUGCGUUUAUGCUGUUGGUAAAAAUAAAAUGAAUGCGUCAGGCGACCUGCUGGACACUGUUGGGGAUUCACAUUCGAUUAAUCGCGGAAUCAGAGGGUUUAUGGAAUGUUAAUUGAAUUGUAUCGUUAUGUCGAUCAGUGGUAGCCCAUCAUUAGCUGUGGUCAAAACCAUUUCUCAUUAGCACUACCUAUCAUUAUCAUUGGCUAAAUAAUGGUUCUAGUGACGUUAAAGAGCACUAAAAGGAUGAGGGGGAGGGGUCUGUACAGUGCAUCAGAGUGCACCAGAGUAUAGUGGUGACCAUACGGAAACCAGGGCACACAAAUCGGUCCCCCAAUGCAGCCAUCGGUCAUGCGCAGGAACCAUGCUGCAUCGUCAACAUCCCAACAACCUUGCCUGCAUGGACUGCAGUGUGCCCCACAAGUAACACGGAAGAGCAAAAAGCAGGGAACAAUACUACACAAUGAUUGCAGCCCAAAAAUGUAUCCCGACGACAGCUAAUUGAUUUCCGGAGGAUAUGUGUGUCAAAUCAAACUGUCAAUCAAUAAAGUCGCGAAACAUGCGCCAUUCCACGAUUUUCCUUUGAGGGAUAAAGGGUAACAAAAGGGUUUUAGCAAUAAAAACAA